AUGUCCUCCUCCUUCAACACCGUCCUCGCCACCCCACCUGUCCCCCUUCCCUCUCACUCUGACCUCGACUCUCUCAAUGGCACACAGCCCGUCCUUGUGAAGAAGCGCAAGCGUGGUGCGACCCGCCUAUCAUUUGUUUUGGCCUCUACCCAAGAGCUCCAUGAGAAGAUUACGCUUCUCUCGUCUCGAAUACGCGACCUCGAGGAGGGUCUUCGCUCUUCACACUCUGCGCAUUCUGUCGACCAGCACCCCCUCCUCGCGGAAGAUCUCCUGCUUAUCAAGGCUCCCAUACAGCGAGAAGGUGUAGCUCAGAUCGCGGCUGCCAAUGCCGCCGCACAGGAAGAUGGCACUGACAUGGUUGACUCGUUUGGCUCGCUUGCCAUCAGCGAUACCGGCCGAACGAGCUACUUCGGGCAAGCCACGAGUUCUUGGUAUUUUCUGACGAACGAGAGCAGUCGGGAGGAAGACCGAGACAACCGGCGGGCCACCCUUCGUCAGUUGCUUCCGCCCGAAAUUUUGGCACUCAGCGGCGUGUUUCCGGUUGCUCCUCACAUUCAGCCCACCCUCGAAUCCGAGUCGGACCGGCUCGAGCGCCUACGCACCCUCUUCUGGUAUCUUCCUCCUGCAGACGAAGCGGCAGAAUUGCGACAGAUCUAUUACCAACAUGCUUCUUGGAUGUACAGCCCAAUGUCUCUGGAGACGUUCAACGAACAGAUAUUCUAUGUCUUCUACAGCUCAAACGUUCCACAAAUGGACGAUCCCUUGCUGACACAUCAACUUGGGCUCAUGUUCAUGGUACUUGCGAUAGGAAGCCUCAUGGACCUCGCGCGUCCCGCCUAUAAUAUUGAAGCCGAGAAGUAUCAUCAACUCGCUCGAGCGGCCUUAUUCCAGAGCCCCAUUUUUGAAGAACCUACCCUCGCAGCUGUGCAGGCGCUGUACCUGAUGGCCUUCUAUCUCUUCUGGUGUGAACGGCAUGGCACUGGUGUUGGAACAAGGUGGGCCUUGAUGGGCCUUGCUGUGAAAUUGAGUGUUAGCAUGGGUCUCCAUCGCGAUGCAGGGCGCUGGAAUGUCGAGCCAAUUGAAAUUCAGCGUCGUCGCGAAACCUUUUGGGAGGUUUAUUCAUAUGAUCUUCUUCAGUCAUUCACCCUAGGGCGGCCGCCAUCUUUCUCUCUUGCUCAUGUUGACUGUAAAAAGCCUCGUCUUGAAGACCCAAACGGUGAAGGGACAUUCCAUUGGUGGAAGCACAAGUUUACCUCCGAAUGCAUGAACUCGGUAUAUGAUCAGGCUUUUGGCGCCAAAACAGCGACAUACAGCACUGUUCUACAGCUUGAUCGCAAGUUGCGGUCGUUCCCGGUUCCACAGCUCUUACAAAUUGCGGGAUUUGGAAGUACAGAGCCGCGGACGACCAAUUACCAAGAUUCUGUACCUCUCAUUCUACAACGGCAUACUGUGUUAGCUAUUCGUGAAUCCAACUUGUUGUACAUGCAUCGCGGCUUCUUCGCCCGGGCGGUCAGUGACCACCCACAAGAUCCCCUAGGCAGCCCUUACGGCAGUUCAUUUAUUGCCGCAUACCGUUCCGCUGGCUCACUUGUAGCCCUUGUACGCAACAUUCAUUCACAGCUGAAGGAGCUAACGGAGCGCAUGUGGUUCCUGUGGACACAUUUGUUCUCGUGCUCGAUCAUCUUGGGAUCGAUCGUCACCCGUUGUCCCUCGAUGAGUUUAGCUCACUCAGCUCUAUUGCAACUUGACUCGGCGUGCGACCUAUUCGCCAAGACGGCAAAGUUCUUCCAUGCGGAGAAGGUGCUCAACAUCAUGAUGAACCUUCGCGAUAGAGCCCACGCAAGUCUCGCGGCGUAUCGCAAUUCGCCACCACAGCGGAACGGAUCUGUUUCUGAACCCACAACCCCCGCCGACGCACCGGACGAGUUGAACAUCCUUGGCGGGCGCACGCGUCUUGUCGCAUCAAAGGAGAAAUCCAUGUCCCCGCAGAUCAUGGACCGUUCUCCGACGUCGCUAAAUCCCAUCGUGCCGCUCCCGCUCAAGGACACCGACUGGCAACAGGACUCGGUAAUGCAAUAUCUCCGCUCCUUUGCGCCAACACCUGCGCCCAUGGGUUACAACGGACCCCAUGUACCCCAGAUGCCACAGGCCCCCGUGAACCACUCAGCAAUCCACCAGCGCUCGCCGUCAUUCGAGCACGAGGCGCUGCAGGGAAUGGCGCCUAUCAAUACCUCGUUCGGGCAGAUGGCUGAGGGUUAUCCGUCGACGUCAGGGGGCCUGUCGUCGGGGAUGCUGCAGAUGGAGGGCAUGAUACCGACAUUUCCACAAUACUUCCCUGUGUUUGACUACGGGAUGCCGAGUACGGACAUUUUCGUGUCAUCGCCGCAGUCGCUGGAUGGCGGAGACCCGCGGUCAUAUUCUCCAGACUCUGCGACGAUGCAAAGCACAUGGCAAGACUUCGUUGCGCAGAUGGGUGGCUCGGUGCCAGUGUAG